GAAAAUAUGAUACGAUAUUGAUUCAGCUGCAAUGACGAUUUGAACCAAGCUGAAUAUUUUCGUAGAUAUUUCGUCUUGAACAUUUUGUACUUGAACUUCAAAAAAAUACAGACGUAUUGCAUCGUGAAAUAUCACUCAAGAUGAUGAUGUUCAGACAUAGUUCCUUAUUCAUAUCAGUUUUAAUUUUUGCUUCUGCAAUCGCUACAUCGGAGAAACAAAAAGGAGAUGUACAAGAUACGCCAGAUCCACAAAUUUCAAGGCUGAAGGGCAGUAAAUCGAUCCUGACUAUGUUUGAAUUCGCAUUCGAUGAAGCAUUACGGAGCCCAUAUCCAAACAAUGCUUUUGGAGUUUUGUUCGAUGAAUCCUUUGCUUGGAAGAAAGAGAAAGAAUCUGAAUUAUUUAAAGACAAGAGAAAAUUUUUCCUAUACUUUUACGACAGUGCACUAACAACCACCCAUCCAAUCAGAACAUUGGCCAAUUAUCGCGUCACACAUAUCGCCACUUGGCUAAAUUUGAAUUUCCAGGCUUGCGUAUCGUUUUAUGGCAAUGAUGAAAAAUACGAAGCUAUUUCAAAGAAUUGCGAACAAUUAUCAGCAUCUUUAGAAGCAUUUAUUUUGAAUGCAUUUCACUUGAAAACUCGUCAAUUCGAAAAGUUUAAGAGCGAAUCACCGAGUCACGUCAAAGAAACUGAAAACUUGAAGGGAAAACAAGCCAAAAUUAUUCCUACGAGAUUAGAGGAAGCAAUAAAGGUGGAAAAAGUCAAGGAGCCUGAUGUUCAAGAAUGCCAGGAGAUAAGAGAUGCCGACGAAAGGAAAUAUUGUGAAAUUUGGCUAGAAAAAUUGAUCCAGCAGCCCGUCGAUUUUAAACUAAAUCAUAUCCUGUUCGACGUAUACAGUGGUUUAAAAGAAAAAGAAUACGACAAAUAUGACGCUUAUUCUUACACAUCAGAUUACAACAGCAGUCUUUUGUUAUGGGAAUACACUCCUCAGCUGAUUGAAAAAAUUGUUGACAGACAAUUAGUUCAAAAGAAAGAUCUCAAAAUCAGCUCACACGCGAUUAAUAUCUUGAUGGAAACAAUAAAUUAUAAAAUAUGGCAACGUGAUGUGGAUCCUUCGACGAUUAAAACUGAUAUUCCCGACAUGAGCAGCCUUUCUGCAAUCGAAACAGUUUUUCAAGGCGACGAAGCACCAACCGCUUAAAACCAAAAUAUGUUAUCAAUUUUUGACGGGAAGUUUGAAGCUUGGCUGUUUUCAUUCGAUUCAUGUAACAUACCGAAAAACUCAAAAUAAUUUUCAAAGCUUUCAUAUUUCUCCAUUUUUGUUGGUACCUGGUGUCCGCGAAAAAAUUUAAUUUAUAUCUACCUAUCUAUAAAAUUCAUUUCAAUAUUUAUAACACCUUGUGGUUUUAUGUAAAUAAAUACGCACACCCGGCAGUUGGAUUUUUUAAUUGAACAGAUUAAAUAGAAAUUAAAACGAAGCAUAAUUCAUUGAUAAAUUUUCACGAAUGAGCAUUCAAUGCAACAUCCCACUUUCUAAUAAUAACCAAUCAAAUAACAGCUUCGACUUUCAAGUAUUUUUCUCUUUUUAUUAUUAUUAGGUUAACGUAGUCAUAUCUUGUUAAAAGGUUUCUUCUGAAAAUCUUAUUAUAAAUAAGGUCAGGGGUUGGUAAAACAUUGUUACCUUAUCGAAACAUUUAUGGUUAAUUCAUUGAUAUGUAUUUUUCAAGGAAGAUGAUGACCUUGAAUCAACACUUGACUGAAAAAAACAAAGCAAAUGUUAACAAAGAUAUCCACUUGUUAGGCAUACGCUACAAGUCAUAGAUUAAAAUUGUUCUCCAAUCAUGAGAAUUUCAUUUUUUUUUUUUAAGGACACAUCUGGAACAAUCCUAAAGAACAUGUGGAGUUGCAGUUUAUCUCAAAGGUCAAGUGGACACAACUAACCAAAUAAAAGUCAUUUUGAUUGGCGGUCAGUCCAAAUUUUGCAUUCUUAAAAGACUUGAAUUAAUUACCUGAUUAUAAAGACGAGUUAUUUGAGACCAGAGAAGGCCCUCUCUACUCGAAUGUUCUGAAAAAAUUGCUAAAACAUCUCAUUUUUUGACAAAAUUGUCAAAAAGUAUCACUUUUUCGAUAAUUUCAAAAAAUCUCACUUUUUCGACAGAAUUUCCACAAAGCUUACUUUUACCAAAAUUGCCGAAAAAGUGCAAAAAAGUCCAAACAUUUUUUGAUAAAAUUGUCAAGACAUUCUACUCUUUUGUCAACAUUUCCAAAAAGUGAUUUUUUGUCAAAAUAGUUUAGUCUAUUCUUUUUGAAAAAAUUUCCAAUUGUUUUUUUGGGGGGGAAACGCCAAAAAAUUUGCAAAAAACUUACCUAAUUUUUUUGCUGAAAUUACUUAAAGUCUCACUUUUUGUCAAAAUUUCCACGAAGUCCCACAUUUUAUCAAAAUGUUCAAAAUACGAGUUGCUCCACUUUUCUGCCAAAAUGGCCAAAAAAGAACAGCUGUAGGGUGCCAGCCUAUUUUUUUUCUAAAAUUACAAGAAAGUGCAACCUUUUUGUGAAAUUAGUCAAAACAGUCCCACGGCCACUUUUUUGGCCAAAGUGCUCAAAAUUCUCCAAAAAAGUUGUCCCUAUUUCUCUAAAAAAGUUACCAUAGGUCUCAUUUUUUUUCUAAAAUUGCCAAAAUUGCAAGAAAGUUCCACAUUAUAAUCGAAAGAGUUACACUUUUUUGCCAAAAUGGUCACAAAAAUACCCACUUUUCCACCUAAUUUGCCUAGAGCCCUUACAUUAUUGCCAAAAUUGCCAAAAAAAUACCCCACUUUUUUGACAAAAUAUUGCCAGAAUGUAUAGCCUAAUGUCGUUUUGUUUUGACAAAAUUGCUGAAAAAAGUCCAAGCUAUUUUGAUAAAAUUUCUAGAAAGUCUAACUUUUUGACAGUUUCCUUUUUUGAAUUACAUAUCAAAAAGUUUCUCUUUUUUUUUGUCAUACAUGCCAAAAAGUCCACUUUUUAUGAAAGUUGCCACAGGCCUCACUGUUCUGUCGAACUUCGCCAGAAAGGAUCUCUUCUUCUGACAAAAUUGUCAAAAAACCCCCUUUUUUCGAUAAAAUUUUCAAAAACUUGACUUUUUUGAUGAAAUUAACAAAAAUUGUUCAGCUUUUUGAUAAGAUUACCAAAAGUUUCAACUUUAGUAAUUAAAAAUGUCAAAAAAUCACAUACUUUUCAAACAAAAUUGCCGAAAUAGACGCACUUUUUUGAUAAAAUUUACAUGAAACUCCUUUUUUUGCUAAAAUAUCACACGAUUUAUCUGAAUAACUGAAAUGUGCGACGCUAAAAUUUUCAAGGACUCAUCUCAGAUGAUCUCAACAAUGAUCAGUGUUUCUCAAAAUAGGUACUACACUACACUCGGAGUUAUUUUGCAGUCGAACCAAAGAGAUUACAACUUAUAUGAUUUCCUUGAAAUUAGCUGAUGCAUUGAUAAAGCUUCUAUUCUGUUUUGUUUUUCAACCAUAUCUAAUGGCAAAGUGACAAUGAUGUAGUUAAAGUAGUGAUAGAAAGUGUCAAUAAGUGCGCGAUUAUUUCAUUGUUUUUUUUUUU